GUGGCUGGAUGCGGAGAGUUUGGAGUUGCUUGCGGCGGAGGGCAGGAAGGGGAGCAGGGCCGGGAAAGGGGGCUGGCGGGCGCUAUAUCUGGGAAUAAGUUUCCAGGAUCAGAAGAGCCUGCACGCUUGCUUGCUACUCUGCUAGCCCCCCAUCUCGCCCCCCCAAGCGGAGACUGGUCUUCCUGUCGGAUUGCUCAUGCACUUGUUGCAGAAACAGCCAAGCUACUGGCUGGAGCCCUGAGGCCAUCUCUCUCUCUGUGAAGAAGACACUGAAACGUUAAGAGUGAAGACCUUACUGGAAGUGUUUUUGCUAGAAGAACUUGUGUCUACCGCCCUGGCUCUGGAGGAUGCUGAAGGAGGAAGACGCUGAAGCAGGACGACUCUGAAGGAGUGACCCUCUUACUCCUCAAACAGACCCAGGUCUCCUCUUCCCAGCCCAGCAGCAUGAAAGCAGCAUGACUGGCCAGCCGCAGGAGAAGCCCCCAGAGCCAGGCCCCCAACUCAGCCCUCUGCUUCCAAAGUCAAGGUGUGAGCGACAUCUCGCCACAGUGGUGUUUGGUCCAGACCUCAGCUCUGGUGAGGAUGUAAAACCCCGGAUUCUGCAGAUGAGUGGAACAGGUCAAGAGGAACCCCUGGCUCCUGCCACCCUCACAGACAUGGCAGCCGUGGAGUAGUGUGGACGCUUUCUCUCAGCUUCUCAGGGUUUCCGUCUUUUGGGUUUUCUUCAUUUGCCUUUUUUUAUGGUUUUGUGGUUGGACAUCCAAGGCAGACACCAUGGGAGAUCAGCAAUUGUACAAGACCAACCACGUGGCCCAUGGUGGUGAGAACCUUUUCUACCAACAGCCACCCCUUGGUGUCCACAGUGGGCUAAACCACAACUAUGGGAAUACAGUCACAGGGGGUGGAAUGGAUGCCCCUCAGGCCUCACCCAUCUCCCCCCACUUCCCGCAAGAUACUCGGGAUGGUCUGGGCUUGCCUGUUGGUUCCAAAAACCUUGGCCAAAUGGAUACCUCGAGGCAGGGAGGGUGGGGAAGCCAUGCAGGCCCUGGAAACCAUGUCCAGCUACGUGGCAACCUGGCCAACUCAAAUAUGAUGUGGGGGGCACCAACCCAGGUGGAGCCCGCCGAUGGCUACCAGUACACCUACUCCCAGGCCAGCGAGAUCCGGACCCAGAAGCUCACCAGUGGUGUCUUACACAAGCUGGACUCUUUCACCCAGGUGUUUGCCAACCAAAACCUGCGAAUUCAGGUCAACAAUAUGGCCCAGGUGCUGCAUACCCAGUCAGCGGUGAUGGAUGGAGCCCCUGACAGUGCCCUGCGCCAGCUGCUGUCUCAGAAGCCCAUGGAGCCCCCAGCUCCAGCUAUACCUUCCCGCUACCAGCAGGUGACCCAGCAGGCUCACCCUGGUUUCACUGGGGGGUUGUCCAAACCAGCCUUUCAGGUCGGGCAGCACCCUUCCCAAGGGCACCUGUAUUAUGACUACCAGCAGCCACUGGCUCAGAUGCCGAUGCAGGGAGGACAGCCGCUGCAAGCCCCACAGGUGCUGUCACAGCACAUGCAACAGAUGCAGCAGCACCAGUAUUAUUCACAGCAGCAACAGCAGCAAACAGGGCAGCAACGUAUCUCCAUGCAAGAAAUACAGCAGCAGCAGCAGCAGCAACAGCAGCAGCAGCAGCAGCAACAGACUCGCCUACCACAGCCUCAGCCGCAGCCACAGCAGCAGCAGCAGCAACAGCUACCACUGCAGCAGCGGCAGAGUUCAAUGCAGAUACCUCAGUAUUAUCAGCCCCAACCCAUGAUGCAACACUUGCAAGAUCAGCAGCAGCAACCAAUGCACCUGCAACCCCCUUCUUAUCACAGGGACCCUCAUCAGUACACCCCGGAGCAGGCGCACGCUGUCCAGCUGAUUCAGCUGGGCUCCAUGCCCCAGUACUACUACCAAGAGCCCCAGCAACCCUACAGCCACCCUCUCUACCAGCAGAGCCACCUGCCCCAGCACCAGCAGCGGGAGGACAGUCAACUGAAGACUUAUUCUAGUGACAGGCAGGCCUCAGCCAUGCUGAGCUCCCACGGGGACCUGGGGCCUCCUGAUACAGGAAUGGGAGACCCAGCGAGUUCGGACCUGACCCGGGUUAGCAGUGCCCUCCCCCAUCGACCACUCCUCUCCCCCAGCGGGAUCCACCUCAACAACAUGGGGCCUCAGCAUCAGCAGCCGUCUCCCAGCGCCAUGUGGCCCCAGAUGCACCUACCUGAUGGGAGAGCGCAGCCAGGGUCCCCUGAGUCAAGUGGCCAACCCAAAGGAGUGUUUGGGGAGCAGUUUGAUGCCAAGAGCAAGCUGACAUGCUCCAUCUGCCUGAAGGAGUUCAAGAGCCUGCCUGCCCUGAAUGGCCACAUGCGCUCCCACGGUGGAAUGAGGGCCUCCCCCAGCCUCAAACAGGAGGAAGGAGAGAAGGCCCCGCCGCCUCCGCCCCAGCCGCCACUGCCGCCUCCGCCUCCACCGCCACCGCAGCUCCCUCCCGAGGCAGAAAGCCUCACGCCUAUGGUCAUGCCCGUGUCUGUCCCUGUCAAGCUUCUCCCGCCCAAGCCCAGCUCUCAGGGGUUCACCAACAGCGUCGUUGCCGUCCCCUCCGCCAGAGACAAGCCAGCCAGCUCGGUGUCGGACGACGAGAUGCCUGUGCUCGUGAGGAUGACCCUCUCUCCCCCUCACUCCCCCCAGGGGGCUGCCCCCCACAAGCCUGCUGAGAUCCCCCGGAAACACCAGCCCGCCGUGGCCAAGGCUGAGGAGCCCCUCAAGACCGUGCAGGAGAAGAAGAAGUUCCGGCACCGGCCCGAGCCCCUCUUCAUCCCGCCACCGCCCUCCUACACCCCGACCCCCGCCUCCUACUCGGGCGCCACCCUGUACCAGAGCCAGCUGCGCUCCCCGCGCGUCCUCGGGGACCAUCUGCUGCUGGACCCCACCCACGAGCUGCCCCCCUACACGCCCCCGCCCAUGCUGAGCCCGGUGCGCCAGGGCUCGGGGCUCUUCAGCAACGUCCUCAUCGCGGGGCACGGCCCUGGCGCCCACCCGCAGCUGCCCCUCACGCCCCUCACGCCCACCCCGCGGGUGCUGCUGUGCCGCUCCAACAGCAUUGAUGGCAGCAACAUGACAGUCACCCCAGGGCCCGGAGAGCAGACUGUGGAUGUUGAACCACGCAUCAACAUUGGCUUGAGAUUCCAAGCAGAGAUCCCAGAACUUCAGGAUGUCUCUGCCCUGGCCCAGGACACACACAAGGCCACACUGGUAUGGAAGCCCUGGCCAGAAUUGGAAAACCAGGACCUCCAGCAGCGAGUGGAGAAUCUUCUGAAUUUGUGCUGUUCAAGUGCAUUGCCAGGUGGAGGGACCAAUUCUGAAUUUGCUUUGCACUCUCUCUUCGAGGCCAAAGGUGAUGUGAUGGCUGCUCUGGAAAUGCUGCUGCUGCAGAAGCCAGUCAGGUUAAAAUGUCAUCCUUUAGCAAAUUACCACUAUGCCGGUACAGACAAGUGGACCUCCCUAGAAAGAAAACUGUUUAAUAAAGCACUAGCCACUUACAGCAAAGACUUUAUUUUUGUACAGAAGAUGGUGAAGUCCAAGACGGUGGCUCAGUGCGUGGAGUACUACUAUACGUGGAAGAAGAUAAUGCGGUUAGGGCGGAAACACCGGACACGCCUGGCGGAAAUCAUCGACGACUGUGUGGUGAGUGAGGCAACCAAGCCGGUGGCUGCCUUGCUGGCCCCGCUCUCACCCCAACCCCAGACAAGUGAAGAAGAAGAAGAGUUAGAGGAAGAGGAGGAGGACCUAGAAGAAGAUAGGAAAUCAACAAAAGAAGAAGAAAGUGAACUGCCAAAGUCCCCGGAGCCACCACCAGUCCCUGUCCUGGCUCCCACCGAGGGACCACCUCUGCAGGCCCUUGGCCAGCCCUCUGGCUCCUUCAUCUGUGAAAUGCCCAACUGUGGGGCUGACUGUAGAUGUCAUGUCACUCCCUUUCUUCCCCAGGUGUUCAGCUCCCGACAGGCACUGAAUGGCCAUGCCCGCAUCCACGGUGGCACCAACCAGGUGACCAAGACUCGAGGUGCUGUCCCCUCUGGGAAGCAGAAGCCUGGCAGCACCCAGAGUGGGUAUUGCUCGGUGAAGAGUUCGCCUUCUCACAGCACCACCAGUGGCGAGACAGACCCCACCACCAUCUUCCCCUGCAAGGAGUGUGGCAAAGUCUUCUUCAAGAUCAAAAGCCGAAAUGCACACAUGAAAACUCACAGGCAGCAGGAGGAACAGCAGAGGCAAAAGGCUCAGAAGGCAGCUUUUGCUGCGGAAAUGGCAGCCACAAUCGAGAGGACUACAGGGUCGGUGGGGACGCCAGGACUCCUGCCCCUGGACCAGCUGGGUCUGAUCAAGCCCAUCAAGGAUGCAGACACCCUCGAUGACGACGUGGUCCAGCAGCUAGGAGGCGUCAUGGAAGAGGCUGAGGUCGUGGACACCGAUCUUCUCCUGGAUGACCAAGAUUCAGUUUUGCUUCAGGGUGACGCGGAACUCUAAAGCCCUGUUUGUUGCUUAGAGACAGUGAGAACCCAUGGCCUCUGUCUUUAUUAAUCAGGAAACCUGGACUGCCUGCUUGUUUUGUAACCCUUUUAAACUACCUGUUUAAAAAGUGGUCGUUUUAUUCAGGUUUAGAAAAAAAUCCAGUUUCUUUUUCCUUUUUUUUUUUUUAAUUGUUGGGGGGGGUUGGGGGAAUAAAUAAUUGGCACAACUAUCUUUAAGAGGUGUUUCAUCUGGGCUACGUUCUCAUGAAAUCAUUCCCAGCAGGGAAUGGACCUGACGUCAUGUUCCGUUGCUUUCAGAUGUCAACCAUCCUGGUUGCCUUCUAUCCCAAAGCUUGCCAUGUGUGUGCGUGUGCGUGUGCGUGUGGGUACGUGUGUGAAGCAGGCUAUGCUCUUCAUGCUGGGGCCUUGGGCCAUUUUUCUCACCAAGAGUUAUUUUUCUGUUCAGACCUGUCAGGAAUUGUUCUUUUUCCUCCACCAAAAAAACAGAUCAGAAGAACUUAUUCUUUUUGCAGUGCUGUACAUGGUCAGUGGAGUUCUGAAAUUACUUUGCGUCACUUGAAAGAUGGAUGACACAACAUUCACUGGGAAUCUGCUGUCAUUCAUGUCUGCUGGACUGAAGUUUACCUAGAUACCAGCUAAGAGAGGGUUUUCUAACAAAUACAAAGGAAAUAGCAUUGAAGGCCAACAAAAAUAGUUUCAGAUACACUUUUGCUUCAAUGUUUGCAUUCAAACAAUGAAUGUGUUCAUUACAAGUCACUUACCAAAGCACUUCGAGACUUCACAAAGCUGCACGACUUUGCUCUGCCUCCUCCUGCCCCUUUCAGCAGGGUUGCUGUUUGUACUUGAAGGCAAUAAACUUUCUAAUCCUUCAAAAAUGUCACUAUCCGGCUUUUGAACUGAGUCAGACUGACCCAUCCCACUGUUACUGCACAAGUCAGACUGGGACUUAGGCCCCGCAAGGAGGGGAUCUGCUCCUCUUGGCCCCCUUUCAGUGUUAAUGCCGCAUGACCUCCGGAGCAGGUGUUCUCAGGCCUCUCCCCUCCCUUGCUAGCUGACCAGCUCCACUGAAGGAUGGCGAUCACUCUGGGCCACUGUGCUGACACAGUAAUGCUGGCCAUCAGGCAGAAUAUCAGCAGAGGCAUGAGGACGGGACCUGAGCAUCCUUUAAAUUUGACUCUGCAAAAGCAUUUAGCACACAUUCAUGGGGGCCCACUGUGACCUGUCACAGCCCCACACAGGCAGUGGUUUCUGAAUCUCAGGAAAGCCACAGACAAGAAAAAUAACAAAGAUCUUAUUUCCAGCAUUUUGUUUUCAGAGAUGUCCUGGAGGUUUCCUUCCUCUUUAAGGAAAAAAAAAAAAAAAAAAAAACUGUUUUGUUUGCUGCCUUUUCAACAGG